AUGCCUCAAGAACAUCCUUUUCAAACCAGCUUUUGGUCUCCAACCGCCACUGUUGACAACUAUCCCAAUUUUCGAUACGGUUUUGACAUUCUUCACAAGAAACUUGCUCAAUCUGUGACUGAGAAUGAAGCGAUUGCAAAUUACAUUCAGGAGAGAAUCGAAGCUGAACGACAUCACGGCACUCAGUUAUCAAAACUACCUCAUCCCGAGCUAGACGAACUGACCACUCUCUCACGAUGCUUCCAGGUCGUCUGGGCUGAAAGUGAAGCCUCAGCAACAGAACACUGGACACGCGCAGAAAAUUUACAUACGACAGCUUUGGAUCCUCUGAAAAGAUUAGCCAGUCGAUACAGUCGAAUUGUCAGCAAUGCUAAACAGACAUUAGAACAACAGAUGAGUCAGUUUGAAACACUUGUCAAGCAACUGGAACAAGCGAAAUCAGCCUAUCAUGCCAAGUGUCGGUCUCUCUUGACGAUCCAGCCCAACUAUCGACCGACCGUCAUUCAGUUGGGCACUCUCUUGUUCUAUGAACGGUUCCAGGUCGAGGAUUGGAUGCGACCCCUGAAUGAAACCGGAUUGACCAGACGGGAGAUUGUUCAUUGGCUGCAGGACGAGCAUCAGUCACCGUCGGUGAUGCAUGAUCUCAUUGGACUUCAUUUUCUCAGACAGACAGGGCAGGACCAGUAUGAGAAAGUGGUUCGACAGCCAGUGUCCAAGGGUCUCUAUGGACUUUUCAAGUGGCAACAACAACAACAACAACAACAGCCGAUGGAACCGUAUGUAAGAGAUAUGCUUCAAGCAGAUAAAGCCUAUCGUGAGCUUGUGACCAAGGUAGACAAGAUGCGUAUGCAGACAGAAGAAGCAUUGUUUAUGCAUUAUGAAGAAAUGGAAAGUUUAGAGUUGGAACGAAUACAGACGAUCAAGCAAGUGUUUAUCAGCGUCGCAGCUUCAUUAUCCAAUACGAUACCGAGAUACAAAGAAACAGUGGACAACAUGAUGCUCUAUCAGGAGACACUGAAACCCGAUAAGGAUGUUCAGGUCGUUGUGGAGCAAUACAGGACAGGUCAGUUCUGUCCUCGACCGGUUCUGUAUGAGAAUUAUUUUUAUGGAGCAGCACAUCAUCAAUUGUUUGGCGUUGCAUUGGAUGAGGUCACCAGGACAGAGGGCACUUUGAUUCCCAACUUUAUGUCCAAAGGAAUGUCUGUGAUUGAAUCUGGACUUGCCAAUUUAGAAACAGAAGAAAAGCACCUCGUGUGGAUAACCAGUUUACCACUCGACCGAGUUCAUGCAGCCAGAGAUCAGAUCAAUCAACAGUAUCCAGUGAUAAGUCAAGAGUUAUUGGAGAGUUAUGAUGUAUUGUUGAUUGCUUCUCUAAUUCGAUUAUACUUGAUGGAGUUGCCUGAAUGUUUAUUGACCUUUGAAUUAUAUGAACCUUGUAAGAUUAUUUAUUCCAAUCAGCAAGAUACAGAGACAAGAUUAGUAUCGGUGAACAAAUUACUGACGACUCUACCUACACCCAAUUACCACAUGUGUAAAGUACUCUUUUCGCACUUGAACAAAUUGUGUGAUGACCAAACACUAUCCAAACGAUUUGCACACUCUUUUGGUUAUGUUUUAUUACGACCACAAGUAGAAUCUAAAGUGAGUACAUUUGAGCGACAUCCAUAUCGACUGAUACAAGACCUGAUUGAACAUUACGAUUCAAUAUUUACAACAGAAUCAAUCAAAGCGCAAGAAGAGAAUUCGUGUCGAACGUCCAUUGUGGUCAGUAAGACAUCUCUGGACAGCUUAGAUUCCUCACGACGACGUAUCCGAGGACAUUUGAUACCGUCAUCGAGUACCCUGUUUGAAGAUCCGGAUGAAUUGACAUCAGAGUCUACAAUGAAUUCAACACCGCCUAAUUAUGUAGGCAAGGAAGAUACCCUCGAAUUGGCCAGCUUGGACUCGUUUUUUUUAGAUGAUGAAUAG